AUGCCAGACCAUAUAUCGCCGUCAGAACAAGAAAAGCUAGAUCAAUUUCAGAUGAUCACGGCAUUCAAAGAUGAUGAAUACGAUAAAGUUGUUGCUUUACUACGGAACAAUUGGUGGAACCUAGAGGUUGCAUUAUCAAAGUAUUUCGAUGGUGAUAUAGAUAGGGAAGCUGCAAGAUCACCUCCUCCAGUUGAAGCUACUCCGUUUGGUGCUUCAUCUUCAGCUUUCGAUACUCAAACUUUGGGAGGCCAAUCGAGCGGUUUCAAUAACAGUGAAAUGACAUUGAACCAAUUUGAUUCUUGGUCUCAUAUUGAUGCUCAAAACCCACUACUAUCCACCCAUGGAUUAUUACCACAGCUACCUAUUGUUAGACCAUUAUCGAAUAAUCGGAGGUUUCAGCCUGGCUUGAACAAUUCAACUAGUUCAUCUUUAUGGAAUCAAUUCACUCAUUCACCAAUAUUAUUUAUUUUAUUAAUCAUCCCUAGAACUGUUACAUUGUUGCUGACAGCGGUUGAAUACCUCUUUAGCUUUAUCUUUCCAUCUUCUCCAGACCACUUGCCAGAUAAACCAACUUUGGAGAAGUUUGAUUUUAAAGAACAUUUUGAGUCUUUAAUCGCUGAUAGAUCAGAAACUCAAUUUUUUGAAGGUGAUUUUAAUGAUGCAUUCAACAAGGCCAAAAAUGAAACAAAAUUCUUGUUGACUGUGUUGAUCGGAGAGAAUGAAUCGUCAAAUCAAUUUUUAAAGAAGGUCUUCAACAAUAACACGAUUUGCAACUUGAUCAAAGAAGAACAAGUCAUCGUGUAUGCUGGCAAUGUUAAUGAAGCUCAAUCAUUAGCCCUCGCACGUAACUUGAAAACAAUUGUGGUUCCUGCAGUUUAUUUAAUUGGAAACGUUGCUAGUGGUCCAAAUGCCAUUGCAAGUAUGUCAAUUUUAUCAAGAAUUCCUGUUAAAUCAGUGAAUUCAUUCGUUACAAAAUUACGCCGUGAAAUUGAAAAAUAUAAACCUGAAUUUAUAACCAGGAAGAUUGAACAAGAUGAAUUGAACUAUUCAAGACAGAUUAAAGAAUUACAAGAUCAAGCAUACGAAGAAUCAUUAAUUGCAGACAAGUUGAAGCAAGAGAAAAGAGAAGCUGAAAAACUCGAAAAGUUGAAGAAAGAACAGGAGGCAGAUUUCAAAAGAGAGAACAAGAAUAAGUUUUAUGCAUCUUUAUUAGAUAAGUUUGAUAAUUUAGCUCAUUUACCAAAAGGUGAAUUCACAAACAUACGGUUCAAGUUACCAUCUGGUGAACAUGUCAUGCAAAAGUUUUCUAAAGAGGACACAUUGUUUGAUGUUUAUUCAUUUGUUGCAUUGAAACUGCACUUGAAAGAGUUAUCAGAGCAAGAUUUAGAAGAUUUGAAAAAAAUCUCAAAUGACAUACAUGAAGAUUACAAACAUGAAUUUGAAUUUGAGUUGAUUUCACCAUUUCCACGUUAUGUUGUCCCUGUCAAAGAAGAUCAACAUGUCAAAGAAGUAAAUCAAUUAUGGCCAAACGGUAGUGUUAUGAUUGAGUACCUAGUGGAUGAGGAUGACGACAGCGAAGUUGACGAAUGA